AUGCCAUGGUUCGACACGGUGUUGUAUCUCGCGCCUAACUUUCUCUCCGUCUGUUGCUACAUCCACGCCGCAUUUCCCUCCCAGGAUUCUCCAACGGCGUCCCGCACGAGAGCAAGGGCGGCAUCGCCACCCGGAGACCCAGGGAGGCGUCGGCCGCCUCCGGGGGCACCGCCGGGCAGGCGCCCCCCCACGAUUGCGCCGCCUUCUGCGAGGCCGGCCCCGCCAUCGGUGGAAGACGUUGCCCUCUUGGCCCCCAAAGGCGAAGAGCAAAUCAUCGUUCCGGACGAGAACGAGCUCGAGGCGGAAGAGGAGAAUGUUCCGCCGCCACCGGAGGGACUGCCACCACCUGAUGGCCUCAGCGACGACGAUGAUGACGACGAGGAGGAUGCCCUCGCCGAAGGCCAAAUCGUCGGGAUCGACGAAGACGACGCAAGCGAGGGCGGAGUGGCGGCGAAGGACCUGGAGGUGUUGAGACGGGGCAGGUUCAUCGUGAGGUGUAUUGAAGGUGGGGACGUCAAGAAGAGCGCUCUGUCCAACAAGACGCCCACCGUAGACCCUUACCUCAGAGUAACCCUUGGCAAGCAUAAGAGGGCGCCCACGAGAAAAACCAAGGUGGUGAAACGAAGUGGAGUCAGCCCUAACUUCAAGUCCGAGAAGCUGGUGUUCGACAUCGUGGAGCCGGACGAGUUCGUGGUGGGCGGGGACGUUACCCUAUCGAUCGAGAUCUGGGACGACAGCGCCUGGUCGGACGAUCUGCUGGCGUCUGUGAAUCUUUCCGCGCUCAGGUUCAUGCAUCCAGAUGCUAUCCCUUCCGCGGAAUGGUUUCCACUCGAGGCUCCUUCCGGACGCAUCAAGGACCGGAUGAAAGUACUGGUGGAAAUAUCCUUCGAGCCAGCUCUUUUGGGCAUGUUUGUGCUGACUCUUCAUGAGGGUAAAGGGCUCGGUGCGCACGACCCAGCCUCGAGACCCAACCCUUACGUCGUGGCCACCCUGGGAGAAAUGUACCAAAAGCGGAGCCGUGCGGCCAAAGGCGGGGGGAGUGCACCGGUCUUCAGGCAGGAAGAGAUAGUGCUCUGGAUCGACAAGGAGAACUGGACGAAUGACCUCCAGCUGCAAGUACGAAGCGAGGACAUAGGAACGGACGCGGAGCUGGGGUCGGCUAAGAUCAGCGUGCUCCACGCGAUGGACAUCCCUCCAGACCAAGCUACGGAGAGGAAGAUCGAGCUGCUUCUGGAAGGGCAGCCCGCGGGCCAGCUUUUCGCGAAGUGCGUCUUCCUACCGGCGGGAAAGCUGUCGUUCGUGUGCGAGAGCGGGCGGGGCCUGAGGGAGACGUCGGCGGCCGGAAGGAUGGACCCGUACGUUACCUUCAAGGCGGACGGACAGGCUGUGUCGCUAAGCCGAAAGACCAAGGUCGACAAAGACGGGGGAAUGGACCCUCGGUGGAACGAGACGAUUGAAAUUGACAUUGUGGACCAGUACACCCUUUGGCUGGAAUGCUUCAACCACGACGUCCUGGACAGCGAUGAGCUCAUCGGGAGCGCACAGUGCAGUCUCUUGCCAGUGUUCAAGCGAGGCAUCUUGGACACUUGGAUCCAGCUCACUUGUUCCUCCGGGCCAGGCCCUCCAAAAAAAGCCGGAGAGAUUCACUGCGUUUUUUCCUUCGAAGGCCCGCUCGGGGUCGCCUAUCCGCAGCACCAGCCGGGAGUCGAUAGCUUCGACGACUCUCUCCGUGUUAACCUUAGAGGCUACUUGGAGGAGACGAACGAGGAAGAGCAAACGGCAGGGAGGCCAGAAGAAGCAACGACUGCCAUUGUUGAGCACCAAGACCAGCCGCCAAUAGAGAGGUCGACAGAAUUCACCGACGACGAAAUAUCGGCCGCCUUCAAGUUUCUGGACCUCGAUCGCAACUUACACAUCGGGGCCGCCGAGAUCCGACAUAUACUCAUCUGCAUGGGGGAGCUCAUCACAGACGAAGAGGUAGACAUGAUGAUAUCGAUGGUCGACAGCGACGGAGACGGGCAGGUGAGCUUCGAAGAGUUCCACCGCUUGAUCAUCGACCCGGAUCCGUCCAGGGCCGACUUUAGCACCGAGCCAAUAACAAGCAAUAACGACGGGAAGGAGGCCGCGCGGGAGAUGAAGGACCGUGAGAGUAAGAGGUGGCUUCUGGAAGACUUCGUCAAGGAGAAUGAGAUCAGAGCCGUCGAGAUCGAAAUGGCCUACAAGCGCUUCCAGAAUCUCGCUCCGUCCCGCACUGGCGACAAGCAAGCGACCUCUUCCGUGGAGAUGGACUUCAACACGUGGAUACUAGUCUUUAACGUGGAGGCUACGGGACAGUACCGGAAGCUGUUCAAGCUUUAUGCUCUCCCGGGAACAGGCGGCGAAACCGAUGCUGAGCUGGAAUCUCAGAAAGUCGACAUUCGGGAGUUCUUCCUGGGAAUGGCGAACUUCGUGGAGUGGUCGCUGGAGCCGCGGACGCAGUUUAUAUUCACGCUAUUUGAUGUCGACCGAAGCGGCUUUCUAUCUAUGGACGAGUUGGUGGCCGUCUUGAAGGCGAACCACCUGGCCACCGCCAAGGCCGUCGCGAAGAAGGCGCAGACGAUCAUGAAACAGGCGGACGCCGACGGGUCGGGCACGCUGACGCUAGACGAGUUCUUGGUUGUGGCCAAGAAAUUCCCGAACCUGCUGUUCCCGGCCAAACCAAAGACCAACGAAACGCAACCGCAGGUUCCGAUGCUCGGUAAUGGGUAAUGGCUUCUUAACCAUGGCACUGCUGGCUAGGAAAAGGAGGAUGGAUGAAAUCAUUGCAAUGUAAAAGAAGUUUUGUGACGGUCAUUCUCUGGUGUCAAGCAAGCCGUUUUUGGGAUCAGAGUCUUAGAAACAGAAGCCAUAUGCGCCAUCAGCCGUCGCUUGUACCCGCUCCGUGUCGCGCCAGAAGUUACCCGACCAAGCGUGUUACCCUACGUUCGAUAGCGUUCAGGUCCGCACGCGGAAGCGGGCAGUUUUUAGGGUUGUGUACUGUACCUGGGUUUGCACAGGAGAGGGAACAUGAUACCAACACUGCUUUUUGUCCGGAAAUUUGUUUUCGUGUUCCUCAACAUUUCUUGGUAGGAACCACGAAGAUAACAACGUCGUUUCAGCGCCUCAGCGCCGAAAACUUUCAGAAGUAGCGUGCGUUUGCGUUCGGCCAAUGCUUGUGCGUCCAACGUCGACCGAGGAAAAUGUAGCUGGCGGAGCCGUUAUUUUGGCUUGCGAGUACUGUACUAAAAGUCCGUCUUGGUUUGUCCCG